AAGAUGGCGGUUGAUUAUCAGUUAUCGCGCCGCCAUUGCAUAUGGCGUCCCAAGGACCCCAAUUGGUAGCCACUGGUAGUGCCUGAAUUAAUAUACAAUACUAAGCUCUAAAAUAUCUACCUAAACUACCCGUUUAGGCGAACAGACGGACAACUGGAACUUGGGGUGCAAAAUUUUUCGGGUACCAAAUCUCUUCAACCAACUUCCGGUUUAAUUUAACGCGGUUUACGAGCGCUAUUAGUUUGGCCACUAGACGGCGCUGCGGUUCCACUUUUCGUUUUAAAUUCUUAAUCUACAAUGAAGACCGUUCUAGUGACGUCACUACCAUGGCAACAGCAUGUUGACCCUGAGUGAGUGACUGCAAGAAACUUCCCAAAUCUGUGGGACAGAAUCUCUAACAUGUGCGGCUUUAAGUUUCCUGGUCCCUCGUCCAUUCCCACCAAGUAUCAGACUCUGAUCCUCAGUAAUGUGGAAAGGAAAGGCUUCAGCUCCCAGGCCAAGCGCUUCACACACUUUGUGAAUGAGAAUCCCGGUCCGGGCUUGUAUUUGUCCCACGCAUCCGCCGACACCUUCAGUCCGUCCUUCUCCAAGAAAGGAACCGGAGGCUUUGCAUCAAAGGUGCUCAGGGUGAGCCGUAAACCUCAGAGAGGAUCUCCGGCCCCAAACGCCUACAACCUGAGGAGCUCACUGGUCCGGCAGCACGACUUCAACAGAGACGUUUCCAGAGCGUUCCACCCUCCCAUCGCCGUUCAAACGCCAAACACACCCCACACAUCACCAGCACCAAACCAGUACAACGUGUGUUACAGUGGAGUGGAGGUCGACUCAGUGGUCUCAGCCCAAUCUGCUUUCCUUUCUAAGACCAGACGCAGUGACGCUUAUCGGUCUGCACCGAGAGGACCGUCUCCGUGUCAUUACACUGUAAAGGACACGCUGAUACAGAAGACCCCCAAAGCGCCCUCGUCCUGCUUUAAGUCCACCUCUAAUCGCAUACAGAGUCUGGUGAGAAGCGAAGGUCCGGGACCAGCAUCCUACAGUCCUUAUAAAACCCCAGAACCUGUCAAGAGGACUAUCUUACCGAGAAAGCAUUAUUUAGGAAUCUCGGCUCCUCCUCUGCUCCCUCCUAAAGCCCCUCCACUGCCUGGACCGGGUCAGUAUGACAUUGUGAACUUCACCGGACCUCCUAAGCGCCUCAUGGCCAGCGCUGCAUUCGUGUCCAGUAAACGUAGGGAGACACACCACACCAGAGGACACAACGUCCCAGGGCCAGGUUCCUAUGAGACAGAUGUCCCUACAAAGCGCUCAUUCCUAUACAAUCAUGCCAAUAUGUGGAUACCGACAUAGAGGCGAGCUCUCAGGAGAAAGACCUUAAGAUACAGACUUUACAGAAAAUAUAUUUAAAAAAAAAAACAGAAAUGUUUUCAAAAGUUAAUCUUUAUAUUAGUCUGUUCCAUUAUUUUAUUACACAUUA